AUGCAAAGAGUUUGUGGCUUUUUGUUGAAUAACUUGGUUGAUGAUGUGAAGAAGCUUGUUGAGUCUUAUCAUGCUAUUUGGAAGCAUACUGGUUGCACAAUCAUGGCAGAUGGGUGGACUGAUCGUUGUAGGAGAACUCUCAUCAAUUUUCUAGUCUAUUGUCCUAAAGGAACAAUUUUUCUGAAAUCUGUUGAUGCUUCUCAACAUUCAAAAACUGCAGAAUUGUUGUAUAAGCUUUUCAGAGAUGUGGUUUUAUUUGUUGGGGCUGAAAAUGUCGUUCACAUAGUAACAGACAAUGCUGCAAAUUAUGUUGCUGCUGGAAAGUUAUUAGAAGCUGAGUUUCCUAAAUUAUAUUGGUCUCCUUGUGCUGCACACUGUGUUAAUUUGAUGUUGCAGGAUAUUGGGAAGUUUGAAGAUGAACAUACUGGUGGAAGAGAAAUCCUUCGUCCCGCUCCAACACGCUUUGCUACUAAUUUCAUUGCAUUGCAAAGUAUUUUGGCUCAAAAGGAUGCACUAAGAGCCAUGGUUACAUCUAAGGAAUGGACAAGCUCAACUUAUGCUAAAGAUGUCAAAGCAAAAAGAUUUGUGGACCAAGUCUUAGAUUCUGGAUUUUGGGAUAAAUGUGUUGGAAUUGUGAAACUUACUGAGCCUCUUAUUCGCUUCUUACGUCUUCUUGAUAGUGAAGAUAAGCCUUCUAUGGGUUCUCUUUAUCAAGCUUUUUUUCAAACUAGAGAUGAUAUGCUUCGUAGGAAUCUUCAUGCAGCUGGUUAUUGGUUAAAUCCAGCUUGUCAGUUUAAUCUUCCAGAAUUUGUAAAGCAUGAGAACACAAAAAAUGGCCUCUUUGAUGUGUUUGAAAGGUAUGCUUAUGGAGAUCAUGAGUUGGAACGUAAGUUGUCAAGUGAGAUGAGAAUAUACAAAGAUGCUGAGUUAGAUUUUGUAAGACCACUUGCUGUGCGUGAAAGAAAUACCAUCAAUGGUGGGAAUCUUUUGGAUGUGGACGUAAAAGAGUCACCACCAUUCUUGACUAUUGAGGAGGUGGAAGCAUUACGCAAAGAUCUUUCCAAUAUGAACAUCCAACCAAAUUUUGAUGAUAUUGAUCAAUUAAAUUUGGAUGAUAAUAUUGAUGAUGUUGCACAAUAUACCACCAUGGAGAAUGAAAAUGCUCAAGUCGGAGAAGAUCCUACUUUGUUUGAUGAAGAUGUGCAUCAGUUGGAUGAGUUGGAUGCAACUUUGCCUCCUUGGACUUGA